ACAGAGCAAUAUAUAUAUAUAUAUAUAUAUAUAUAUAUAUAAAUGUCGUAGCCUUCGAUUUAGAAAUUUAUUUCCUAAACCUUUCGUAAAAUUGAAAAAAAUAAAAUAAAUAAAGCUUGUUAACUUGUGAACGUUCGACUCCCCAAAACCCUGCUACUCUGAAUUCAACAAACCCUAUUCGUCGACACAACAACAACAACAAUGGCGUUGCAAUCACACGGUGUCAAAAUUCCGUGUCAGGGAUUCACAGCGAGCUCGGAUCUGUCGCGCAUGGCUAUCUCGUCGAACCAGCUCAGCUUCUCGAAUUCUAGAGGGAUUGAAGAUUGUUGUAGGAGUUGGGGGAGGAGGAGGAGAGCGAAGGCGAUAAAAGUAGCAAAGAAAGGAGGAGGAAUUGAAGCAGUGUUGAAGGCUGAGGAAGAGGAGGACGAGGAGCGAUUCUUCUCUAAUGGAAAUGUGGAGAGUUUCACGAGCAUAAUGAAGUUCGGCGGAUCUUCUGUGGCCUCCGCUGAGAGAAUGAAGGAGAUUGCUUCGCUCGUUCUCAGCUUCCCUCAUGAACGACCUGUCGUUGUUCUCUCUGCUAUGGGAAAAACCACUAACAAACUUUUACUGGCUGGAGAGAAGGCUGUGAGUUGUGGUAUCUCUAAUGUGUCGGAAAUCGAAGAGUUGAGCUUUGUAAAGGACUUGCAUCUUAGGACUAUACGUGAACUCGAAGUUGAUCCCUCUGUUAUCUCUGCUCACCUAGAAGAACUGGAGCAACUGCUGAAAGGUAUAGCUGUGAUGAAAGAGUUAACUCCCCGCACGAGAGACUAUUUAGUAUCAUUUGGAGAGUGCAUGUCCACGAGAAUCUUUGCAGCAUAUCUCAAUAAAACUGGUGUUAAAGCACGCCAAUAUGAUGCGUUUGAUAUUGGUUUCAUAACCACAGACGAUUUCACAAAUGCAGAAAUCUUGGAAGCAACUUACCCAGCUGUUGCCAAGAGAUUACAUGCUGAUUGGAUUAAUGAUCCUGCAAUUCCCAUUAUCACUGGCUUCCUUGGAAAGGGUUGGAAAUCUGGCGCAAUUACCACAUUGGGUAGGGGUGGUAGUGAUUUGACAGCUACGACCAUUGGCAAAGCUUUAGGCUUGCAGGAAAUUCAGGUGUGGAAAGAUGUUGAUGGUGUUUUGACUUGCGACCCUGGUAUUUAUCAACAUGCAGAACCUGUACCAUAUUUGACAUUUGAUGAGGCAGCAGAGCUUGCAUACUUUGGAGCUCAGGUCCUACACCCACAAUCCAUGAGACCAGCUAGAGAGGGUGAUAUCCCUGUCAGGGUUAAGAAUUCAUACAACCCUAAAGCUCCUGGUACUCUUAUCACUAAAGCAAGAGAUAUGAGCAAGGCUGUGCUGACCAGCAUAGUUUUAAAGCGAAAUGUUACAAUGUUGGAUAUAGUUAGCACCCGCAUGCUUGGUCAAUUUGGCUUCCUUGCAAAGGUGUUCUCAAUAUUUGAAGAUUUGGGCAUAUCCGUGGAUGUUGUUGCCACUAGUGAAGUUAGUAUAUCUUUGACAUUAGAUCCAUCUAAACUUUGGAGCAGAGAACUGAUUCAGCAGGAACUUGACAACGUAGUAGAAGAGCUAGAGAAAAUUGCAGUUGUGAAUCUCCUGCAGCACAGAUCGAUCAUCUCUCUUAUUGGCAAUGUUCAGCGUUCCUCGUUGAUACUGGAAAAGGCAUUUUGUGUUCUUCGAACCCAAGGUGUUAAUGUCCAGAUGAUCUCACAAGGGGCAUCCAAGGUGAAUAUUUCAUUAAUAGUAAAUGACAGCGAAGCUGAACAAUGUGUGAAGGCCCUACACCACUCCUUUUUUGAGAGUGGUGAUCUGUCUGAACUAACAGUGGAUGGUGAAAACCGUGAAAUUGGAAAUGGCUCAGCAAUGAAGCUAAACAAUGUGUGAAGGCCCUUCGCUACUUUUUUUUCCAGCGUCGCAAUGAUUCUUUUGGUUUCCCAACAAACAUAUUUACUGGCCAUUUCCAUCUGUUAGGCUUGUUUGAAUUUCAAUGCAAAUGCAGCAUUUAGACAGUGUUUGGUAGACAA